GAAUGCCUUUUCCCAGAAAGCCCUACUCACAGCGUGCUUAGAAUAACCACAAUACUCUAUGUAGCAGUCGUUUAUUUGUAUAUUUUCUCACCAAUCUUAGAUCAAUCAUCUCUUCAUGCGUGUUGAAUUCUGAUUUGUUGUCCGAUUGUUUUCCUUGAGCAGCAGAUUGUCAGCGGUCUCGCUAGCGCAUAAAUGCGCGCCAAACUUUCACGCACACAAAUGGAGUCGCUUUGCUUUCACGCGAGGCUUAGAAAAUGAACUCCAGUUUUACUGUCAAUGUGAUGGGGGCUUUUCCAAACAAUGAGAGAUAACAGUUGCAGGGAGUCUUAACCUUUCUUUAAGGUUCAUGGGUGAAAUCGGAAUAAUGGUUUCGCGGCUACAACACGAGGGGUUCGAUUUGGAAGACAUGAUCGAUGAAGAGUUACGGGCGGCGGGCUUUUUGGAGCUCUGUGAAAGAACAACAAGAACUCUUUUGCAGAGGGCAGUUGCUGUGGAAGAAAGUCAUUCCAGUUUGAGAAGGCUCCUGGACUCCAUUGACACACAACUGAAAGAAUUGCAAGGCACCCUGCAGACACCAAGAGUAUUGGAAAAAGAUGUUGGAGACACUCCUCGGGUUGGCCAAGAUCAACAGGAAAAACAACAACAACAACAACAACCACAACCACAACCACAACCUGCGACUGUUAUUGUUAUUGAUGAUGAUGAGGCUGAGUUUGUUAAUGUUGCCGAUAUGUCUUGUCAAGCUACAUUUGAGGAUAUUGAAAGUGAAACUCGUGAUAGAGAAAAAGAGAAGACAUUGAACAGAAAUCAAAAUAGUUCAUCAACACCAAAACAGCAAACAGAACAAAGCGACAUUUUGAAAAGUUAUGUUCCCAUCAGACCUGCCCCUGUCAAGGAAUCAAUAAAUAACUCUGUUGUAUUACAGACUCCAACAUCAUCUGUACUUCAGCAAACAAUAAGUAAACAAUCAGAAGUUGUGGUGUCCCCUGUGACCAGUGCGGGGAAGACGCCUCCUGUGAUCUAUAGAACAUUGAAAUCACCGGUCGAAAGUGGGCUGCCUUUAUUACCACAGCGGGUGGCACUGAACUCAUCGCCACCUUCUCUUCCUGUUCAACAAGAAAUAUCAAGUCUCAAGUCUUCAUCAGCAGCGGCUUCUUCUCUUGUGUCUCCUGGUGACAACAAGUCAAGUACAACACCUUCUGUUACUCAACCAUCACCCGUGCAGACACCCACUACACAGGCAGGGCCAUCUUCCGCUGACAGAAAAGAUACAAUUGAAAAAGAAAAGAGUCCUCCUGCAGGUCCACCUAAGUUUGAGGUGGGUACUCGUGUCAUUGGUCAAAGGGCAGAUGAGCUGUGGUAUCCAGGUGUGAUAGAGAAGAUUUUGACUGACAAAAACUCCCACAAGACUAAGUUCAAGGUGAAGUUUGAGAAAGGGACAAGGGGUCUGCUGUCAUCUAAUCACAUCUCCCUGGAAUCAAACCCUAACCCUGCUGUGCUUAAUGUUGGAAGUCGUGUUGUAGGAAUAUAUGGCAAGCUUGAUGUUUUAUAUGCUGGUAUUGUUGCUGAGAAUGCUUGUGCUGAGAACAAGAACAGGUUUCUUGUGUUCUUUGAUGAUGGAUUUGCUCAGUACUUACCAGUCAAGAAACUUCACCAUGUUUACCACACAGGAAAGAAGGUUUGGGACGAAGUAGCUGAACAUUCUAAGGAAUUUAUACAGGAGUACUUGGAAGAAUUUCCAAAUCGACCAAUGGUGAAACUCAAAGUCCAUCAGUGGGUGAAAACGGAAUGGAGAGGUCAAUGGUUGAAAGCAAAAGUGAUGCAGCUGGACUGCAGUUUAGUUAAGAUGUUGUUCCAGAUUGAUAAUCGUUCUGAAUGGCUUUACAGAGGGUCCACAAGAUUGGAGCCUCUUUACAGUGCCUUGGUCGAUGGUAAAAUUUCUACUGCAAGGAAAAAGAGGUCUCGCAAACUCACUCGAGGUGCUUCAGGGAAGACCCAAGAACCUUUCAUUGACUACAGUAUCACGAAGCCGUGUUUCGGUAUUUCACCGUACAGCAAGAGUGAUCCUCAAGGUGAACAGCAGAGAAAGCUGGAGGAAAAACGGCAACAGACGCAGCUUGAAACACAAAGACAGCAAGAGCAACAAGAACAGUUGAGAGAUGAGAACAAGAAGUUGUCCACCACAACACCAUCGGCCCCACCUGCUUCAACAUCAAGUGACAACCCAUCAACUGUAACAGCCUCUAGCACUGUAACGUCUGCUGCAGACACUGUCAGGAGGCCAUCCAGCGACUCGGGCCUUGCAUCUGAUAGUAGGGGGAUUAGUGACUCGUCUGCGUCAAGAACAGAGGGUUUAGGACCCAGCAGUAAACAAAACAGGGACUCAGUCAGUGGAACUGGUUCUGGAACACAAGCAUCAGCAGGACCAUUCCAGUUGACUUCCGCAAGACAACUCUCCACCCCUGCUGGACGGGGCAAUGUUACUGAUGGUCAAUCAAAGACUGGGUGCAAAGACGGUCACUGCUCAAACCUCCCUGGCUCUGGUCGAAAAUAUACUGCUGGUGGCAAAAAUACCGACAGUGGAGGGUGCGACAACGGUUCUUGUAGCACAGAUAGUUCUAUGUCUGUUAUUCAGGCCAGUACUGCAAGGAAAAAGAGCAGUGCAGGAUUAGUCAUUCCGAAAGAUCAUUUACAAAGACCUAAUGGCAUUGAAGUGAUUGACUUAGAUGGAGAUGGUACGGCGACGAUGCUUCACAUUCCUACAGUGCCAGAUCAGAUCAUGGAUUCUCUGACAGCGCACAAGAAUGAGCAUUUAGGUCCUAACAUGGAUGAGUCGAUCCUGGAUGAACUUUACAAUACGUGGGAAGCUCCAUGGUUACGAGCGAACCGACGUGACGUCAGAAGCACGGGCUAUAAUCGAGUCCCAGCCUUCCAAUUCCCAACUAACAACCGGAGGAAACAGGACGUGGCAUCGCUGAUCGAAGAAAGACUGAAACAGAACGAUGCGGGCAACUUUUCUGGGGGACAGUGUGAGACUCCUGGGCUGCCUGUGCUAAGCAAACCAGCUCCUAAAGGGCCUCACAAAUGCAACAACUCGUGCAAUCCACCGUUAAGUUUAAAAGAAGGAGAAAGCGUGAAGCACAAUCCGAGAUCGAUCCCUCUACUGUUGAAGUGGAAAAGAGAAAUUGCUCAGCGUCACCCUGGCAACAAAAAGACUGUCUAUUACCGUACUCCGUGCAACAAAAGGCUGAGGUCUAUGUUGGAGGUGGCUAGUUACUUGACGAUAACAGAAGCUGACAAUGUGUCCAUAGAUCAGUUCACAUUUGAUCCGGAUAUCUCUUGUCAAGAUACUGUCUUCCGAGAUGUGGAACCCAUAUGUCCUGACAUAUCGCGCGGUGCAGAAGCCGUUCAAAUCUCGGUUGUCAAUGAAGUGGAUACGUGUUUUCCUCCACCAAUCGACUACGUCUCCAGACGAAUUCUAGCUGAUGGAGUGAACAUGGUUCUGGACCCAGGCUUCUUGGCGUGUUGUGACUGCACGGACAACUGUCAGGAUAAGUCCAAGUGCUCAUGCGCGCAGUUGACCAUCCAGGCAUCUGCUGCAGUUGGAGGCAAAGAGGAUCCCACCAUUGGCUAUGAGUAUCGCAGGCUCAGGGAAGGUGUGCAAACAGGGAUUUACGAGUGCAAUCAGAACUGCGCGUGCGGAAGCCAGUGUUUCAACCGAGUUGUACAAAACGGCAUCCAGCUGCGAUUACAAGUCUUCAAGACAGAAAACAGGGGAUGGGGACUGCGAUCUCUGGAUGACAUUCCUAUGGGAACCUUCGUCUGUACGUAUGCUGGGCAAAUUCUGAACGAGGACAUGGCUAACAAGGAGGGAAGAGAUUUUGGAGACGAGUAUCUUGCGGAGUUGGACCAUAUCGAGGUCGUGGAAAAAGCCAAGGAAGGCUACGAGUCCAAUGUGUCGGACCUUGAGGAAGAUGACAGUGUUAUUUAUCAGACGCUGGGCGCCGACAGCAGUUCUUCAGCCAGUGCUUCAGGAAAUAGCGGCGAAAGUUCGUUAUCAGAAGAUGAAUCUUCGGAAGUGGAUUCCUUAUUGAGUGAGGAGAGUUACAGUUCAGGCCGAAACUCGAGGCACGGUGAUAGUGAACAUAACAGCCACAAAUCAUCCAGGAGAAACAAGCGAAAGAGAUCUGGAAAGAAAAGCGAAAAGAGAAAACGCGGUGUACAAGGAGAGGAAACGUUGAUGGUUGAAAGAGAGUCUAAAGCUCACUGUUUAUCACACCUUGCGGAUGAAAAAUGGUGUUACAUAGCAUUAAAGCGUAACCAUGACGACCAGAAGCUUGCAGCCGCCUUCUUGAAAAAGAUGACGGGUGAAGGGAGUGGAAAGAUUAGUGUCCAGUCAGGCGCGGAAACCGUCGUGAUGACAAAAGAAGCUGUAGUAAAAAGGGAUGAAAAAAAUGUGAAAGAUGCGGAGAGUGUUAAGCAGUUGAGAGAUGACGAAGAAAAGAACAUCAGUCAGAGCAGUGACUUUGAUUUCGAUGAAGUCGACGAGUCGUUUUGCCAGAAAAUGCGGGACAACACCUCCCAGGACAUACCAGUAGACAACGAGGCAGAUACGGCGAGGAUUAUAACGGACAAGGACGAUACACACAAGGGCAGACCUGCUUAUUCUGCAGGAGGAAACGAUAUGAAAAUUAUUGUGUUAACGAGCGAUACAGAAGCUGAUGUUGAAGGAAUUUCAACAUUCAAAGAUAGAGACUUACAUUCAGCUUCUCAGAAAACAGAUCUCCAGCCUCAUAUCAAACAUGGAAGGGUUACGCCCGAACCGGUCGAACCAGAAAAACCUGAUAAACAGGAUAAAUCAGAGAGCUCUGCAAAACCGGUUGAGGAUUCGGAUUCUGCGCCUUCUCUCAUCUCCGCAGAAGAUCUCUCUAAACUGGCUGCGAAGAACACGACAGUGGCGGACGAACCGCCUGUAUUAACUAAAAUGAAUCCCACUCGUCGGGUUUCAAACACGCUAGAGGACAUGAUUUCACGGUUAACUAAACGCGUUCUCACGGCUCAUCCGUCUUCUUCGGACUCUAGUGUGAAUGGAACGGAUGGGCCGACGCCAAUGGACUUAGACCAGUCGAUUGCGGAUGAUGUCGACAAAAGUUCGACUGAAAAAUCCCCCAGCGUAGAAAAUACUUUGGGUAUUCGGGUUGAACCUAUAUCGGAGCCUUCAUCUCCAGAGACAGAAAACAUGGAUUCUUUUCCGCCUUCGCCGUCUAGUUUACGUUCGGACGUUUCAAAGCCCGAGUCUUUAGACCGGAAGUCGGAGAUUUCAACCGGAAGCUCUAAACGAAGCACUGGAGUGUCAAAGCCGCCGGCGAAAAAGUUAAAAACUAACAAGCCCAAGAUUCACUACUCUCGUUCUCAACCCACUAGCACCAGUCCUUCGAUAAAAGCCUCACCCAACACUCCCUCGCCCUCACGCCCCUCUCUGUCACGCCAGUCCUCUGCUAGCAGCAAGAGACUGAGCACGAGGUUGAUGUUUGGAGAAGAGCAUUGCUACGUCAUCGACGCAAAGGCUUACGGGAACUGUGGGCGAUAUUUAAAUCAUAGCUGCUCGCCAAACCUGUUUGUCCAGAAUGUGUUUGUAGACACUCAUGACCUCCGAUUUCCUUGGGUGGCGUUCUUCACUCAACAAAACGUUGCAGCUGGAACCGAGCUAACCUGGGACUACGCGUACGAAGUGGACAGCGUCAAAGGCAAAGUUUUACACUGCUACUGUGGGUCGGCGGAGUGUCGUGGUAGAUUGCUGUGAGCUCAUCGUUGUCUUGAACAGCGGUAAACCGCUUUAGGAGCGUGAAGUUUCCACUUCUCGGCCCUUUGUGCACGAAAUCGCUCAUACCUCGCUACUGUGUGACGUGCCCUAGCCUUUGAUUUUUGACUGACCAUUGCGUUAUCAACGAUAAGAGUUACAUUUUUAUGUCAAGUUGCCCAUUUUAUUUAAUUGGCAACUGGUUAUUCUCCGAGCAAGGACUGCUGCCCUUAUUCGUACGUGAUUUUCAUGAAGACAACGCCAUGCAGAAAAAUGGAAAGGGAAGAGGGAGAGUGUCCUCCAAUCUCCUCUCUUCUGUGAGUUUUUACGAAACUUUGUGCCGGACGCUUCAAUUCAAAUGUGAUUUGUCAAUUUUUCACUUUUAAACCUGUAGGGACGUUUUCAUACUCGUACAUCAGAAAGUUUGUUCGCGUUUAAAUUAUUGUUAUUAUGGAAUCACCCGAUUGUUCGCGUUUAUUUUCUCUCCUGCGCCAAUAUAGUAUCUCCCCUCUGAUUUUCUUCUUUCUUGUUAUAACUCCUUCCUCUAGUCUUGCAAAUUGUGCAAGCGGAAACAUAAAACCGCGCGGCGAUCUUUAUCCGCGUCAAGUGAAGACUGGAGACUACUUUAAGUAUGGCUAAGUAAUUUCCAAUCAAAUUAUCGAGGUAUAACAUUUUAUAGAAAACAUCGCUUUUGUGAUACGCCAGUUUAGAUUUGUAUACUGAUCGUUUUGUGAAAAUAUGGCAAGAGUACUUGUUUUUAUCGUGAUGGGCGCUUGUUUUAUUGAACUCUGGAACACUUUUAAACUAAUAAAGCGCCCCGGAGACUCUUCGAGGGUUUGUGUAGC